UUCCAGUCCGCCUCCUCGAUGUUCAGGUCCUCAACAACUCUCCAUCACCAGCCUUGGGCCGCGCUCCUAAAAACACCCCCCCGAAAACAGUCACCGUCAUGUAUCUCUUCAAUCGCGCAAAGUACAGCUUCAUCGCGAAGUCUGCGGCAAAGCAACUGCUCAUAACCAAUUACGGUUCGCGUGCUUCAGCGUUCAAUAUCGACAACGACACCCUGAUGAUUUUAGAAUGGCGCUACCCCGGUCUAAAGCAUACGAAGGUGACAGCACAUCUGGUUGUGCGCGACUCUCCAUUCCAAAUCGUUCUACGGAAGCAAGACUGGGAACAGCCAAUUCGGUCUUGGUUAAUGACAUUUUCAGAGCAAGAGUUGCGUGAAAAUGGGAUCCUACAGUCACACCAAAAGAAAGUGGGCGAGAGCUCUAAGGGUGAGACCACACAACCUGGGGACGCGCCUGAAAGUAUUGUGGGAGCGUCAGAGAUUGUGUCAGAGCGAGAUUCGGAUACGGAAUCUGUAACAUCAAAAUCCUCAACCACCCAGCCCAGAUCUAGUACAGCAACAACCAUUUCUGUAUCUGGAGACUGCACGGGCGGGAACGAGAGUGAAAACGAGGACAGGAAUUUAAGGCCAGCUGAUGACAACGGAGAUGAGCAAGGAAAUGAGGAGGCUGAGAGCGACACUGUACAUGGAGAGAGGGGUUUACACAACGAGGGUGAAGCCAAAGGCAAUUGUUGCGAUCAACUCGACAGCGAAUCUGAAUGGCCCGAUAUUGAGAUCGUCUCGACGAAAUCCGAGGACAGCGACAUUGAUGACGAGGAGCAGGCAGACGCGUAUUGGACCUGGUCACCAGAACAACACCGAUGGUUUCACGAAAACGAGGACAAAUCUUUGGCAUGGUUUCCUCGACUCGUAUGACAAUGAUCCAAGCAUCCUACACUCAUUUAACCAGCUAGGUGGAGGCUGAGCAACUACGCGCUUGAAAUUGGACGGAUGGUAGUUGAGUGGCUUCAAAUGAUGGUUCAAGUCACCCUGAGCACAGAUGUUUUGUAUGAAUAUUGUAUUUUUU